AUGAAUGCAUUCUUCAAUGGCCUUGAUGGCCGACUCAGGCUGUCAGGAAUGGUGGCAGACUCGAUCAUGAUGGGGAUAGUGAACUCUGCCAUGGAGGACGCUUAUAAGAGGAGUUGUACAAAGGAAGGAGACAUCGCAAGGUUGAUCCAUAAAUCACGAUUUUGUGAAUUGGCCAUUAUGCAACUCGAAUGGUGCUUAAAGUAUGUCCAAGAUGAGAUGAACAAUGAAUCAGCCGACCACAUCGACGACCGCGAGAAGCUAUUGUGUGAUCUAUUGGAGACAAGGAACCGCAUCCAUUAUAGGCUCGAAGAGACCAAGAUUGCGAUAGAUGACAAGGACAUAGAAAUUGCAAGGAGGAAGGAGAGUGAGAUGAAGCUUCGAUUGACUUUGGAUUUAAAGGGAGAAGAAGUGAAAUCACUCCAUAAUACACUUGGGCUUAAUGAAAGAGUGAGGAAUGACAAUGCAAAUGCAAGCAAAAUUUACGGUCAUGUCUUCGAUGAAUUAGAAUGUUAUGUGGACAAACAAUUGCUGAAAAUUAGGAACAAAUUGGAGUUUGGCAAGCAAAUUUUGUCAGACCAGAUGUAUAAUAUGACUACUGAUCAUACUGAUCAGAAUAAACAUAAUGAAGGUUUCAAGCCACUGCAUGAGCUUCAUGACAUAGCACAACUAAUGUUGGAUUUUGAUGAGAUGGUCACUACCAUUGACGCCGUUAAUGAAGAAGUCCGAUCAUCAUUCGAGACAAUUGCAAGCUCAAUAUCUCAGUUCAAAAUGACCACAGAAGAACAAUGUUGGUCUUGGAAUAUGGAGAGAGAUGUAACUAAUCUCAUGAUUGGAAGAUUUAUAGGAGAUAUCCAAUCUAAAUAUAUUUUCAAAUCUCAUGAAGAAAUGGAAACCAAUUUAGUCUCUCAGGAGAAAAUGGAUAACUCUCCCGAGUCAUAUGAAAAGAGUGUAAAACUAGAGGAAGAUAAGGAUGACAUGGAAAUUAAAGCUAAGAGAUGUGAAAGGGCUUGUGUUGAACAAAAUGAUUUAGAGUGCAUGAUAAACCCUAUAGGAAGCUUGUCAGAGAUGGUUGUUAAUUUUGGUCUCCAAACAUGUGAAAAGAUAAGCACAAACAUUACCAGAUUGGAUGAUCUUAAACAACUACUAAAUCCCAUAUCUGAGCAUGUAAAUCGGAUCAAGAAAAAUGAAUUACUCUAUCACAAGGCUUUCACUAGAAGAUGUUUGAAUCUUCAAAUUGCUGAAGAAGAGGUGGAUUUGCUAGGAGAUCAAGUGGACCAACUUCAUGGAGUGCUCUCAAAGGUUUAUAUAGCAUUAGAUAGCUAUUCAUUGGUUUUCCAACAUUAUCCUGAGAUAAUUGAAGUGAUAAGAUUGAUACAAAGAGAAAUUAGAGAAGAAGUGUGA